AUGCAUCUUUCUGAGCCCAGGAAUCCUGCAAGAAGACUGAAACUGAAAAUAUCUGGAGUAUAUACUGAGGAUGGCCCUCAGAGGAAAAAACGGAAGUCUGAAGUUGGAGAAGUGGAGAAGCAGUUAGAUAUCCUGGCUAUCGGUACAGCAGUUGGUAGCAUUUUGUUGUACAGCACAGUAAAAGGAGAAUUACAGAGCAAGCUAGAUGGUGGUCAUGACAGUAGAGUAAACUGUGUAAGAUGGCAUCAAGACAACUGCUGCUUGUAUAGCUGUUCAGAGGACAAACACAUUGUGGAAUGGAACACACAGACCUGCAAAGUAAAAUGUAAGUGGAAAGGCGACAAUAGCAGUGUCACCUGUCUAUGCAUCAGUCCAGAUGGAAAAAUGCUGCUGUCAGCUGGUAGAACUAUAAAACUGUGGGACUUGGAGACCAAAGAAGUCUACAGACAUUUCACAGGCCAUGCUACAUCAGUGUCAUCAUUAAUGUUUACCACAGUGAAACCUAUGAAUGAAAGUAUACCUUUUGAUGGGAUUACAGGACUUUAUUUCUUGUCUGGAGCCAUACACGACCGAUUAUUGAGUGUAUGGCAGAUCAGGUCAGAUAGAAAAGAAAAGAAUGCUGUGAUGUCUUUUGCAGUAACAGAUGAACCAAUUUUUGUUGACCUGACUGUAUCAGAAGUCAAAGAAGAGCCUGUGAAGUUAGCAGUUGUGUGCAGGGAUGGGCAGUUGCAUUUAUUUGAACAUAUCUUAAAUGGUUAUUGCAAAAAACCCUUAACGUCAAACUGUACUAUCCAGAUAGCAACACCUGGAAACGAGGGGGACUCCACACCGAAACCAGUCCCUAUUUUAGCAGCUGCGUUUUGCACGGACAAACAGUCUCUGCUGCUGGUGUAUGGAAACACCUCACAGCCCGUCAUAGAGAAAGUGUCUUUGAACACCAGUGAACCCCACAUAUGUUUAGUAAGGGACAUCCAGAAAGUGUUGUCACUUAAAACAGAUGCUGCUCUAACGAAGGUAAAGACGCCUGUUGUGAACUCGGACACCAAAGUUCUAGUGCCUGGCAUUCCGGGACAUAGUACAGCUGUCAAAACUCCAGCCUCGGGAAAGGAGAAAAAGAAAAACAAGAGGAAACCAGGGGAGACAGAGGAGAGCAUUGAGGAGCGCCUUGGGGCAUUGGAUAUUGAUGUGAGCAAAGUAAAAACUCCAGGUGGCCUUCCACAAACAGACAGCUUAGCCGUGCUGCUGGUUCAGGGCUUGGAAAGCAACGAUGCAGAAAUCUUAAAUAAAGUGCUUAAUACAAGAAAGGAAAAUAUAGUAAAGAACACAGUAGCCAGAAUGCCUAUAUAUGCUGUCAUUCCACUGCUGCAUGAGCUUACGAAGAGAUUGCAGGGCAACCCAUACAGUGCCUCACUAAUGGUUCGAUGGCUGAAGUCUGUUUUUACCCUACAUGCAUCCUACCUUUCCACAUUGCCAGACCUUAUUCCUCAGCUGGGAAUGUUAUACCAGUUAAUGGAGAGCAGAGUAAAAACUUUGCAAAAGCUUUCCCGUCUGCAUGGAAGACUCUUCAUUCUUGCCAGCCAGGUUGCAGCAUCAGAAGCAGUUCAGGAUGUACCUGAGGUUAAUCAGACUGCAAAGCUGGUCUAUGAGGAUGAAUCCUCGGAGGAGGAAGGCUCAGAUGAUGAGAUGAUUGCAGAUAAAGACUCGGAUGAAAACUGGGAUGAAGAUGAAGAAAAAGAGGAGCAAUCUGAUGAACAAGACAUGACUGUUGAAAAGGAAAUCAAUGGUGAUUCUGAUUUGGAACCAGAAAAUGAAAGCGAAGAAGAAUAACAGCACGAAAGAAUAAUUUUAACAGUUUGAACAUGUGGGCCACCAACCUCUUUAAUUCUGGAUCAUGUUGCUGAAAGAUGCUGUACUUGCAUAUCAGGAGUGCAGUCUCAUGCACGGCCUGUGUGCAGAGGCACAUGUGGGGCACUGUGCAUUUCUGAAUCCAGAAUGUUUAACCGUGCCAGCCUUCUCUCGCCCUAUUUCCCUGCGCUUACUUAUAGAAACAUUUCUUCCACCUCAUGGUCAAAGUAUGCCUGUCAUGUGGACAUGCAUUUGUAUCUCAAAUGAAAUAAAUCUGCCACCACUGUUUGUGUGGUAAACUUGGUUCAGCUUUACAUUGAAUUUGUUUCAGAUAUUCAGGAUCAAAGACAACUGGUCUAUAUCUUCUUUCCAUGCUUCAGUUAGCAAAUAGCAAGUGGGCAUCCUGCUGUUUUGUUUGUUUUUUUUUUUAAAGGAAACAAAAAAAAA